CUGAACAUCAUGUCCCAGUGGUGUGGUUGACAACAUCCCGUCGUCAGGGGCAGAUCCAGCUUGUCAUCGGAUGAUAGUAACGGAACUCUAAAAAGGUUCCCGGUUGCGGGGCGUUUUCAGCGGGACAUCAAGGAAGGUGUGGGCGUGAUGCGGGGGAGCUUGAGCCGAACAGCGGCGACAUGACGGCAAGCUGCCCUAUUGGCUGCUAACAGAGCGUUUGUGUUUCCACUGUCACGCUGCAGUCGAUCGGACAAAGACAUGGAUCCCGUCCUUGUUCCCUUCAUCACUUUUCCACUUUAAUAUUCCGGCCCACGAUACUUGGAAGAGGUACCAUUCUUGGAACGACGACACACACGGCAACGAGAAUUUUACGCGAAUAGCUUGAGGAAGACCAGACUGUUAUAUUCGCGAGAUACCAAGAUGGCGCCAACACUAGAGCUUCUUGCAGAAGACUACGCGUCAGAGGAAGACUCCGACUUCGCCCCAGAAACUGCCGAAGCCGCGGGAGAAUCAUCAAUAUCCGACGAUGACGACGAAGAAGCCGGUGAAGAUGCCGAGAAAGCGAAACCCGAGAAGAGGAAACGCGCUGCCAUCGAGGAGGCGGAAGACGCUGGUUAUGACAAUUCUGGAGAUGAAGCUAUAAUAAAGAAGGGGGAGAAACGUCAAAAGAAAACAAAGACAAAACUUGCUGCCGACGAUGAGGAAACUGGCGAGGGCGGUCUCAUCAAGACGCGCAGCCAACGCGCUGUUGAAAAGGAGAAACGUUCAACAGCCGCCGCCAGCGGACCUGUUACAAUCGACGUCGAUGCCCUUUGGGCGCAAAUGAUCAGCGAGCCGGUCAUACCACGAACAAGUACAGCGAAACCAGACGAAAGCGCCGAUCCAGCGAACUGUGACAUCGCGAAAUCGUCAUCCCAGCAGCCAGAAACAGCCAAGGCGAAAGAUCCCGAUUCCGACCUCAUAAAGAUCAAGAGAACCUACAACUUCGCCGGCAAAGUCCACACUGAAGAAAAGCUCGUUGCCCGCGAUUCUGCCGAAGCAAAACUCUAUCUCGCCUCUCUCGGAGAGAACGCUCCAGCGGACGGCGAAACAGCCGCCGAGGACGAGUCCUCCUCUGCCAAGCGCAUGCCCCGAAAAGCUUUCCGGUCCGUCUUCGAGCCCAUCACCGACGCCAACUCGGCGCAUCGUUCCGACCUCAACCUGAGCAUGGCCUCCCGCCUGCAGGCUCGCGAAGCCACGGGCAACAAGGCCAAGAAGCUCAACACGGUCGAGAAGAGCAAGAUGGACUGGGCGGUGGCGGUCGACAAGAUGGGCCUCAAAGACGAGCUCGAGCUGGCCGGCAAGUCCAAGGACUCGUUUGCGGCGAGGCAGGAUUUCUUGGCCAGGAGCGAGAUGCGCAGGGAGGAGGAGGCGAGGAGGGCGAGGAUGGCGCAGGCGGGGAAGACGUGAGCGUGUCACGAUCUCCAGUCAAUCCAUUGGUCGCUUGCCUAUUAUUGUUGUAUGGAUGGCGUCUCCCUUACCACUACAAGUUUGGAAGGACAGCACUAUGCAACACCAUUUCAUUUCUUACGUUCGCCAAAUAGAGAUACCCCAGUUUUCAAUAUCGGAACUUUCCAACGCGUUGAAGACACCAAGCAAAACACGACUUGCAUGAACUCAGGGUCACAGUCACAUAUCAAUUCCUUGCAAUUCCUGGUCACAUUGCAAAGGAACAUGCAUUUCUCAUCCAGAAAUCAUUUGGCAAGUUGUACCCAUGCACCACGCUGUCUGACUCAUGAUCCCAACUUCUCAAUGCAGUUAUCAUCAACCA